AUGUCUUCUCCCACCUCUGGCGGUUAUUCGGAAUUCUACCACCAUUGGUGCAAAUUCCAGGAGUGCAUAGGCGAGCCUCCUUUCAAGCCUGCCGUUCUGUUCAAGCUUAAGGCGUCACCAGUAGACGAACACCGCGCCCUGGCAGCGGUGUCCACUGGACAUAGCAGGAACAUCAGGCGCAAUCCCGAGAAAUUCCACCCUCGCCGUCCUUGUACCGUUCUGCCGGAUGCCUCUGGCGAAUCCGAACUCGUGCUUGUCCCUUCGCUCCCCUCCGAUGUCGAUGUCGAGCAUCAUAACCCUGAGUGCGACAUUUUCCUUGCUAGUAGGAGGUACUACAGGCUCUGGUACUGUCUCCCAGCCGGAGCGGACGGCAAGAGGCAUCCUGGCUUGGAAUUUUCCCUGAAGAUCUUCGAGGAGAAGGCAGAGUGGUUUUCUAUCUCUGAAAUCUUGAAUAGAACAGUGGACUACUGCCACGACCUUCUUCCGCAAGACGUCAGCCCUCUAGACGAAACGGACACGAUCGUCUGGGGAGGGAAGGAUUCCUUCAUGGCGAUCGUAGUAAAGUUUCUAGAAGCUAUGACAAGCCGAGAGAUUACGGCAGAGGGAGAGAGACUCCAGGGAGAAAUGCCGUCGAUACUGAAGGGGGCAGGUACAAUGCUCUCAGUGCCGCGAUACACCGGCGAUUGUGACGGGAUACGAAAGGACUAA